AUGGAACCACAGACUCUGGCAUCAAGCUGGAGCCCAUUCCAGGCCUGCACUAGCUCUUCCUCCUCCUCCUUCAGAAACGUCUGCCAAAUAAUUCAACCUGCCCCCCUCACCCCCUCUCAAUGGCCCUCUGCUGUGGUGAACAUCACCCUGCUACCACCCGCAGGUUUUAGGCCAUAUAUGCUCCACCCAAUGGGACCACCUCCUCCUGUCACGAAGGCUCCAGGACCAAUCCACUAUUCUUCUCAGGACCCUCAGAGAAUGGGAGCUCAUGCUGGGAAACACAGCUGCCCCUAG